AUGCUGCACAUUCGCAGAGUGUCGGGUGAAGGACUCGUAGCUUUGGAUUUGGCGAGCUUUCACGAAACGCUUCCCGUCGGCGUGUCUCCAGUUCGCGCACUGAAGCAGUACUUGCACAGCAUGUGCGGCCUGCCAAGGUUCAGGCAGAGGAUUGCCUUUGUGGGUGAUGAUGUGGUUCUGGAUGACAAAGACACGUUGAGACCCGGCGAAGUUCAGGUUGUACUUCUAGGCUUCUGCCAAACAUCUGAAGCUCAAGUGGAAGCGCUUCUGGAUGCUGCGGGCAGCGGCCGAGCAGCAGCAGUGGAGAGUAUUCUACAAAGGCCGCAAGAUCCAGAUGUAGAACGAGAGGCUGACACCACCGACGCCGACGACGAGGAUGCUGAUCAUCAUGCAGAGGCUGAGGUUCCAGGGGGCCUCAACUUCAACGUGGACGACGAUGAGCUCCCGACUGCAGCGGCUCUUGCCGAGGCAGCACAGCUGGGGUGCCAAGAGCCAGCGAAUGAUCCUGCAGCCGCUGCUGUGGAUGAGGAUCAUGCCAUUCCUUCUGAAACGGCCGAUCGUGCCCCUGGAGCCGAGGGAGGCGGGAGACGCCUGGGACCACACGGCUUUGUCCUCCCUGAGCUGGCCCCAGGAGCUUUGAUCCGAGAAAGGAGGCCAGCAGAUGAUCCUGUAGACAUGGCAAGAAAUCAGAGGCAGAGGGUUGAGUGA